AUGACUCACAUAACCGAACCAAUAAGAAAAUCUGCUUUAGAUAUAAUACGAUAUAAUCUUGACGCUGCAGUUUGUAAUACUUACAUUACACGAGUUGUGUACUUCGGGGAAUAUAAUGGAACUCAUGAAGAUUUGCGAAAAAGAAUGGAAGAUAUUAUACAUGAUUUACAAAUGGAUCACAAUGGAAUGCCUAUCACAGGAUUGUUUCUUGUCUAUCCAACAUGUUAUAUACAUUUAUUAGAGUUGAUCGAUGUUCCAAUCAUGAUGAAGAAGUUGGGAGACAGGGUGGCCCGAUAUUUGCCCGAAAGUACGGUCUUCGAGUUUCUCUUGAGCAUAAAAUCGCCUGUUCUAAAAACUAUUGAGGAACAUCUGCAAAUAUAUUCCGAUGUGUCGCCCAGCGCGUUUUGGGACGAUAAUAAUGUAUGGCCACCGCCUUGCGAUAUCAUGCCACGCGACGUGUUCGACGAGCAAGGUCAUCGAAAGAUUUCGUAUUAUCCGAACAACGAAAAAUGAAUGUGCUCCGGAAGUCAACAAUCGCCAAUAAAAUGUGAG